UGCGUCUGCCACCAUGACUCCUCCCUCCCACCGUGCAUGAAAUCCUGACUCCAGAAAUAGCGCGCGGAUCACGUUACAGACGCCCUUGCCUGGCCACGAGCCUUGGGCACUCACACCCACCACACCGCACGGGCGCGGGCAGCCACAGUCCCUCCAGGCAUAGGCAGCCCCUGUCCCAGGCAGUCCCAGGGACUCUUUUUCCGAGGCGGUCGCAGGGACUCUCUCUCUCGCUGCCUCCCUCUCGAGUCCAACUGGGACGUUACUGGGAGUCGCAAGGCUCGAGUGCGAAGAGGAGGUGUGGGAGGUGGAGGAGAAAGAGGAGGAGGAGGCUCAGGAAUGGGAAACGCUCCGCUCUGCGCUGGAGGGAAGAGCGAAGAUGUAGACACCGAGGUGGAUGUGAAUACGAGUUUACUGCGAGCGGCUCGUGCUGGAAACCUGGAGAAGGUUCUGGAGCUCCUGAAAGCCGGGACUGACAUCCACACAACAAACCAGAAUGGGCUGAACGCGCUGCACUUGGCUGCCAAGGAGGGCCACGUCGCGGUGGUGAAGGAGUUGCUGACUCGCGGGUCAAAAGUUGAUUCUACAACCAAGAAAGGGAACACGGCUCUGCACAUCGCCUCGUUAGCUGGGCAGACAGAGGUCGUGACCCUGCUCACCGAACAUGGAGCUGAUGUCAAUGCGCAGUCAGAGAAUGGAUUCACGGCGCUGUACAUGGCCGCCCAGGAGAACCACGUGGCCGUCGUCACCCACCUGCUGGGCACCGGGGCCAACCAGGCCAUCGCCACCGAGGACGGCUUCACGCCGCUGGCCGUGGCGCUGCAGCAGGCCCAUGAGCGUGUGGUGGAGCUGCUGCUGGAGGGCGACGCGCGCGGCCGCGUGCGCCUCCCCGCGCUGCACAUCGCCGCGCGCAAGGACGACACUCGCAGUGCCGCGCUGCUGCUGCACAGCGGCAGCAAUGGAAGCAGCAGCACCGCGCAGCAGCAGCCAGAGAGCGAGCACGCCAAGGCCCUGGUGAACCGCACCACGGAGAGUGGCUUCACGCCGCUGCACAUCGCCGCUCACUAUGGCAAUGUCAACGUCGCCCGGCUCCUGCUGGAGUGUGGAGCCGACCCCAACUACAUGGCCAACAAUGGGAUCUCUCCGCUGCACGUUGCGGCGAAGCGUGGCCACUCGGAGCUCGUGACGCUGCUGCUGAGCCUGGGGGGCAACAUCGACGCACGCACCAGGGACGGCCUCACUCCGCUGCACUGUGCAGCUCGGAGCGGCCAUGAUGGAACUCUGGAGAUCCUCCUCGAGCAGGGAGCACCCAUCCUUGCCAAGACCAAGAACGGGCUGUCCCCGCUGCACAUGGCCGCGCAGGGCGAUCACGUGGGCUGCGUGCGGGGUCUGGGUGCGCGCGACGCCCCUGUGGACGACGCCACGCUCGACUCCCUCACCGCACUCCACGUGGCGGCCCACUGCGGCCACUACCGCUCCGCCAAACUCCUGCUGGAGCUGGGGGCCGAGCCGGACGCCCGCGCGCUGAAUGGUUUCACCCCGCUCCACAUUGCGAGCAAGAAGAACCGGGCGCGCGUCGUGGAGCUGCUGCUGCGCCACCGCGCCACCAUCGGCGCCGUCACCGAGUCUGGCCUGACUCCGCUCCACGUUGCCGCGUUCAUGGGGAACCUGGAGGUGGUGUCGCUGCUGCUGCAGUACGGAGCGACGCUGGACACGCCCAACGUGCGUGGUGAGACACCAUUGCACAUGGCCGCCCGUGCGGGGCAGCUCCCAGCCGUAAAGAGUUUACUGAAGGCCGGGGCGGAUCCACACGCAACCACACGGGACGAGCAGACCGCGCUGCACCUGGCCUCCCGCCUGCCUCGCCCGGAGGUUGCGCUCGCCCUGCUGGAGGCCGGGGCGCGAACCGACGCGGUGUCGGCCGGAGGGUACACCCCGCUGCACAUUAGCGCGCGCGCCGGCCACACGCUCACCACGGCGAGCCUGCUGCACGCGGGCGCCGACCACACGCUCCCCACCAGGAAAGGCUUCACCCCUCUGCACGUCGCUGCCAAGUAUGGACAAACCGACGUGGUGCGACUCUUGCUUGAGGGCGGAGCCCAAACUGACAUAACGGGCAAGAACGGGCUGACCCCGCUACACGUCGCCGCUCACUACGACCACCAGGAGGUGGCCCUCGUGUUGCUGCAGAAUGGAGCCUCACCCACGGCCACCGCCAAGAAUGGGUAUACCCCCCUGCACAUUGCCUCCCGCAAGGGCCAGGACCCCCUUUGUCUCUCCCUGCUGUCUCACGGGGCCGACGUGGAUGCGCACACCCAUCAGGGGGUUCGCGCGCUGCACCUGUGCAGCCAGCAGGGCCACGGCGCGGUGUGCAGCACCCUGCUGACCCACGGCGCCCAGCACACGCCCCGCACCACGAUCGGGCUCACCCCGAUGCACCUGGCUGCCCAGGAGGACCGCGUGGAAGUUGCGCAACAACUCGAGGCUCACGGAGCCCCCAUCGACCCCGUCACCAAGCUGGGCUACACCCCUCUGAUCGUGGCCUGUCACUAUGGGAACGCUCCGAUGGUUGAAUUCCUCUUGCGCAAUGGGGCUGACGUCAACCACAAAACCAAGAGCGGCUACACCCCCCUACAUCAGGCGGCUCAGCAGGGACACACGCACAUCGUCAGCCUCCUCCUCAAGCAUGGAGCCCGGCCCGAUGACGUCACCAAUGGGGGAAACACGGCGCUCUCCAUCGCAAACCGCCUGGGCUACAUCUCCGUCGUGGACACCCUGCAGGCCGUCACCACGGAGACUCAGACCGUCACCAUGAGGCACCGGCUCAGCAUCCCGGAGACCAUGACUGAGAUGCUGGACGUGUCCGACGACGAUGUGCGUAAGGCUCCAAGCCGUAACGACGUGGCAUCCGACACCGACGAAGGAGACGGAGCCCCAACGCUCCACCCGGAUGACAUCCUGGCUCUGACGGACGACUCGCUCCCCGACGAAAUUCGACUAUCAGAACUGAGGACCCCGGCGCGGUCGCUAGGCGCUGCAUCCUCCACCGGCCCCUUCGCGUCUCCGGGCGGCCUCUCUCUGUCCCUGAUGCGCGAAGCUCCGUUGAGCUCCCGCGAGGACGAGACGUCGCUCCGCUCGGCCGCUGCCGCCGCUCCUCCCCAGGUGGACUACGAGGUGGAGCGAGCGAUGAUGAGGUGGGGGACACCGGAACACUGGGACAACGUCACCUUGUCUUCCAGCCCCAUGCAUUCUGGUGCCUGCACGCCAUUGCCCCAGUAUGACAACAGCUUCCUGGUGAGCUUCCUGGUGGACGCGCGGGGGGGCUCGAUGCGUGGCUGCCGGCCCCCCGGGCUGCGCCUGCUCGUGCCCCCGGGCGCCUGCGCCUCCCCAACGCGCGUCACCUGCCGCCUCGCCAAGCAGCAGCCCCCCGCGGGCCUCGCACCCGGAGACACUCAGCCCCAGGGACCACCAGUGGUGGAUGGCGAGGGUCUGGCCGCUCGAAUCAUCCAGCUGGGCCCUCCCCUGGGCCGCUUCCUUGGGCCCGUGCUGCUGGAGGCGCCCCACUACGCGUCGCUGCGCGGGGGGCUCCGCGAGGUGGUGGUGCUGCGGAGCAACGACGGCGCCACGUGGGCUGAGCACAAAUACACGCCCAGCGACGAGGAGCUGCACCAGCUGAUGGCCGCCUCCAACGAGGAUCUGGAGGGCGAGUCCCCUAUGCUCACGCGUCAGUCCUGCCGCGUCCUCACCAAGGACUUUCCCAAGUUCCUGGCCCUGGUGUCACGCAUAACCAUGGAGACAGGGGUGCUGGGCCCCCAGGGGGGGGCCCUGUGGAGCCGGGGGGUCCCUGGGGUGCGCGUGGCCUUCCCCGAGGGGGCCCUCACUCGCCAAAUCCGCCUCGGCCUCCAGGCUCAGGCGGGGCCCGACGCGCCGGCCCGCGAUUGGCCGGGAAACCGCGUGACCUUUGGCCCGGUCGUGACCCUGGAACCACGCAGACGCAAGUUCCAUCGACCGAUCACGGUGACAAUGCCACUACCACAACCGCACGGGACACCAGCCGAAACGACGCCCCCACGUCACCACGGCAACCUACGCCUGUUGUGCAGCAUCGCCGGAGGCGUUGCUCCGGCCGUGUGGGAGGACAUCACGGACACGACCCCGCUGACCGUGUCCGGAGACAGCCUGACCUUCCACACCAGCGUGUCAGCACGGUUCUGGCCGGUGCUAUGCACGGCCGCCCGCGACGCCCCGGCGUUGGCCCCCCUAACGUACGGCGAGCUGUCCCGCGUGCCGUACCUGGCGCACUUCCGCGUGUGGGCGCGGCGCCACGACACCGACCCGCGGCUCGCGCGCCUCUCCUGCGCCUGCGCCUGCGAGGAGCGCGACGCGGGGGGCGGCGGGUCAAGGGGGGGCGCUCCCGCGCGGGCGCGCCACACGCAACUGGCUCGCAGCAAGACCGUGGAGGUGCUGGACGGGGCACCCCUUCUCGUUAGUUGCCAAGGAAACCUGACUCCAUUGACGCCACGGGGUCAGGGGCUGUCGCUGCCGUUCCACGCGUUUCGCGAGAACCGCCUGUCAUUCAGUGUGAAGGUGCGUGACCCCAGCCUGGAGCCGUGUGGGCGCCUCUGCUUCUACCAGGAGCCGCGGGCAGCAGACGCGACCCCAGUGUGCAGCCUCAACAUCACGCUACCGCCUCACGAGCCUUUGGCUGAUGAAGAUGACGAUGAACCCCUGUAUGAUGAGAGUGACAGAGAGUAUUUGACGCCAGAGGAGGGCGCGGCACGCUUGUCUCGCGCCAUUGACGUAGAUGCCGCCAGCCUCAAGGAGGAGGGUGACGAGGUUCUGCGCGUGACGGCGAUCCUGGCGCCCGGAGCUCGCAGUCUGGCGGAGGCGUCGAGCGUCCGGCUCGAGACCGGGGCACCGGCCGAUUUUGUGAUGAAAAGGGACUAUGAUGACGACGGUAAAGAGAUGAGCGCGAUGAUGGCGGCGGCGAUCGCUGUCACUCGGAGAGAAGAAGAGGAAGAAGAGGAGAUCCUGAUGAAGCAGCGGGCUCCACCUCGCACGGUCGACAUCGUCCAUUCGCUGGCAUUUGCAGCGCCGGGUCGCACCGAGGAAGGCGCCACGGUCGUCACCGCCGAUGCUACUGCCGCCGCCAUGUCGGCUGCCAGUGAGGAGGAGGAGGACGAGGAAGUGGAGGGUUUGUCGAGCGAGGGCUGGGUGGUGUUUGGAGCACGCGAGGUCUCGGAGGCCCAGGAGCUGGCCCUGCGGGAGGCCCAGGACGAGGCGGAAGAUGAGGUCUUUGCGCCGACCCAAACAGUUCGCAUGACCAUGUUUACGCACAGAACGACGACUCUCGCAAAGGCAAGCGCUGCGAAAAUUGACGAUGUGGCAGCACCCAGCCCCAGAUUCGACGACGAGCCUGAAGAGGAAGAGGAGGAGGUGGAGAAACUGGCGUGCAUUUCUCUGUCUGGAUCAUCUUCCCUUGAGGAGCGAGGAGCAUUCAGGACUCCCCCAACGUCGCCAACCGAGCUGGGGAACACGGGGUCACGUGGGGUUGGGACGGAAGUGAAGCGACGAGUUCUGUGGAUGACGAGGGGCGGGGAGAUGCAGGAGGAAGAUGAGGGCGAUGUGACCAUGGGGCCACGUGGCAACGCGGCAGAAAGGCACGGCCCAAUUCCAACUGAUGAUUCAGCUCAACCAGAACCCAGCGCCGACCUGGAGGGUAGUAAACAACUGGAACUGAGGCUGCGAAUGAAAACAGGAGAGCCAAGAGAGAGUGGGGAGGGACCUGCACAAGAAAAGGUGGCAGAACAAAAACCACCAGAGUUGGAACUGUGGCUGAGGAGCGAACAGGAGACUCGAUCACCCACUAUCGCCACCACUAUCGUCGCCGCUGUCAAAACCCAAACGGAAGUUCCCGAGCAGAAGCCAAGUUCGGGAUCGGAACCAAAGCCAGAUUUGGCAUCAGUCCUCGACGUGACGGCGGGAUUGGCGAGCCGCGAGUACACCGUGGUGACGGAGUCCUGGGCCAGGGGAGGCCACCAGGGCGGUGGGCGCGGCAGUCUCAUCAAGCGAGUCACCACGCGCCACAUCACCGCUGCCGCAAACGUACGGCCGCUGGUCAGCGCCACCACCGCCGGCGACGGCACAACGACGUGGAAGGAAGGAGAUGUGGAGGAUCCAGAGACAUCGCUGGAAGGCAUCGGUGCAGCCCAAAGGAAGUCAGGUGGAGAGGCUCUGAAGGUCGGUCGAGCCGAGGAUUCCUUGCCAGAAACCGAAAUGGUCUCGGCGGAAAGGUCGGCACUUGCCUGCGAAGAUCUGGGAAAGCAUCGUUUGCCAGAGAUGCCCGAGCCCACAUCCUUGGCCUCUGCGUUCCCCAAGUCCGCGGAAGGGCCGGGGGGCCGGCGGGCAGAGGGCCCCGUCCCCAAGCUCGCCGUCAGCAUGCACGGGGUCACGUUGCCCACCCCCCCGGCACUCUCGGAAUGCCGUGCCGUGUCAGUGGUGGUGCCACCAGGCCGGGGCGUGGGCGGCGCUCUGAAGGACGUGGGUGUUGCCCUACCCCUGGGCCUCCUGCACAAAGUGGCGGCCGCCCACCCUGAGAUGACUGCACAUGACGAGGAGGCGGACUUGGCGUUUCACAACGUCGACGGCGCGGACGUCGAUGGGGGAGACGCGGGGGCUUUAGUGGUGGAGAGGAGGGUGUGGGUGCGCAUCAUGGUGUUCGGGGCCAACAGUGGCACCGCAGCCAACGAAGAGGCCUCCAGGAUGGACCUGACGGGACUGGUGACCACACCCGUCGACUCAUUGCCCUUCGAGGUGUUUCCUCCUCAACAACCCGAGCUGGACACGGAACCGCGGCUGUCACCUGCGCCGCAAGAUGUUACCACCGAGCCGGUGGAGAAAUUCACUCCAGACAAUGUUCCUGGGUGGUCAAGUCCUGAGAUCGUGACAGUCAAGAGUGGAGUGGAGGAACCGGAACCACUCACGUUGUCAUUGAAGGCCCCUGAUGAUGCUGCGGUGACAAGGGAAGAGCGGAGCGAUGAGAUCACCCAAAAGGAACGCUCAGAAGUUUCAGAAAAGGUGAUGACAGAUUCGGUCAUGGCGUCAUGGCCAUCUGACAAGGAUGUAAAGCGCAGGGUCGAGGAGGUUAACCGGAGCAGGAGCCGGAAGGAGAUGAAGCGCGAGGAAGUUAUGGUAGAGUUGAGCGAAGAACAACGCAAGAUGAGGGAGGAGGUGAAGCUCGGAGUGGAGGAAGCCAUGAGCCUGAUGAUGGGCAGAAAGGCCGACGAGCUGGAUGGAAUGAGGAGCGAAGAAGAGAAGAUCGCACGUGAGCUCUACUCCACCUACCCCAAGGAGAGUGCAGUGGUGGAGGAUCUGUGUGAAGAUGUCGUGAUGAAACCAGCGGAGCGAGGAGCAGAUGGGGACACCCCCACCAGAGUCUCGCGGGCUGUAUUGGUCCUCAAAAUUUCUAAAUCUGUUUCGGAAGAACCAGAAAGACCAGAAAAAACUGAGCUGGAGGAAACGGCGGAAGCGACAGAACGUGAGGAAUCAGUGGUGGCGGGCGACGCGGAGACUCGCAAUGGGGCGGAGUGGGUCGAGGUGGACUCUGACUCGGAGGCGGCAUAUGGAGAUCUCUCUCUCAAGGAGAGCUCCAUUGUGGAGGAGAAGGAGGCGCUGUCCCCCGCGGAGGCUGACGACAUUGCUGACGAGGAGACGGAAAAAGAGGAAGAGGAGGAUGCAUCGGCUGAGAAGGACCCCUUUGUAUACCGUGCGGAUACGACUAGAAGUCUCAUCGUGGAAGAUGAGGAGGAAGUAGAGAAGAAAUUAACGUUCCAGGGAGAGACAAGUGAGGCUUUCCAGCAGGACGAGGAGACGACGCGACGGCAACACCGGCACAAGCUCCAAAUUGAUUUCCCGCGCACGGUGACGAUGCAGGUGGAGGAAAAGGAUGACGAGGAGAAGGAGGCGGGCGUGACGAGGUGUGUGAGGAUGAGAAACCUGAAGAAAAGCAUCGUGUACCAGCUAACCGGGGCCAGCGGUGAGCACGUGGUCGUGACGCGGAAGAGGACGCAGAGCGACGAGCCAACACCGCGAGACCAUGGGAAACUCCGGAGCCUUCCUGGCGAGGUGCAGCGGAUAUUCGUCAAUGACGAUUACGACAGCGGUGACGAGGAGGAGGAGGACAAUGAAGAGAAUGAAGAUGCGGCAGAAAGGUCAGAAGAACGCUGGGUUAGUCGACUGACCCUUGGCGGCAGACGGAAGGCGGUGGAGACUAGGGUCCUAAGGGAAGAGGUCACAGUGAGAAAGGAAAAGGUGAUCGAAAUAUCCCCCUUUGGUGGCCACACCACAAGGAGAGUCACUGGUGAAGAGGAGACCGACAAAGAGGGUAGGAGAACCAGGGAAGAGGAGGCUCCCAGGGAAACGACCGAGCUGGACGGCAUGGAGGAGGAGGAGGAGGAGGAGGAUGAGAGCUCGGAGGUUCCGUUUCCAACGCCGGAUACGCCGAGUUCGGAAGAGGUGACCUACGAGGUCUCGACGAGUGCGGCGGCCAGGGUGGCCAGAGCGGCUGCCGACGACGACGACGCGGAGAGACGCACCUCCGCAUACGAGGUGGAGGAGGCCAUUCCCGAAGAGACAGAGGAUGACGCGGAAGAUGAAGCUGAUGGCAGGAGGAAAGGCGGAGCAAUGGAGGUGGUGGGCCGGGAAAUGGUGACCAUGGGAGUGACGUUGUGUCGCUUCCCUCUCACCAAACUUGCCACAGUGGUGAGGCGAAGGUCGGAGGUGGAGCGUGAAGAUGAGGUAGGGGAGGCAGAGGAAUCGGCAGUCAUGGAGACAGAACCAGGGGGGAUUAAACCAGAACCAGUUAAACUGCAAUCGGAGAAACUGGAAGCAAAACUAGAACCAAAACCCGAAGCAGUAAAACGUGUGGAACUGGAGUCAAAACCAGAAGCAGUGAAGCUGGAACCAAAACCAGAAUCAGUUAAACUGCAAUUGGAGAAACUGGAAGCAAAACUAGAACCAAAACCCGAAGCAGUAAAACGUGUGGAACUGGAGUCAAAACCAGAAGCAGUGAAGCUGGAACCAAAACCAGAAUCAGUUAAACUGCAAUUGGAGAAACUGGAAGCAAAACUUGAACCAAAACCCGAAGCAGUAAAACGUGUGGAACUGGAGUCAAAACCAGAAGCAUUGAAGCUGGAACCAAAACCAGAAUCAGUUAAACUGCAAUUGGAGAAACUGGAAGCAAAACUUGAACCAAAACCCGAAGCAGUAAAACGUGUGGAACUGGAGUCAAAAUCAGAACUAGUGAAACUGAAACCAAAAUCAAAACCAGUGAAACUGGAGUCAAAACCGCAACCAGUGAAAAUUGAACCAAAACCAGAUCCAGUAAAACUGGAACCAAAACCGGAACCAGUGAAACUGGAGCCAAAAUCAAAACCAGUGAAACUUAAACCAGAGCCAGUUAAACUAGAGACAAGCCCAGAACUAGUGACAUUGGAACCUGUCAGACUGGAACCAAAGCCAGAGCCAGUGAAAUUAAAACUAAAACCAGAUCCUGUUAAACUGGAGCAAAAACCCAAACCAGUUAAACUGGAGACAAAACCAGAACCAGUUGAACUGGAGUCAAAACCAGAACCAGCGAAAUUGGAACCAAAACCAGAGCCAGUUGAAUUGGAGUCAGUCGAGCUGAAACUAAAACCAGAACCAGUUAAACUGAAGCAAAGACCAGAACCAGUGACACUUAAACCAGAACCAGUUAAACUAAAGAUAAAACCAGAAUCAGUGAAAUUUGAACAUGAACUAGUAAAACUGGAACCAGAACCAGAGAAAAUGGAACCAAAACCAGAAACAGUGAAACCGGAUCCAAAAUCAAAACCAGUGACACAUAAACCAGAACCAGUUAAACUGGAGCAAAGACCUGAACCAGUGACACUUAAACCAGAACCAGUUAAACUUGAGACAAAACCAGCGAAGCUUGAACCAAAACCAGAACCAGUGACAUUGGAACUCGUAAAACUGGAACCAAAGCCAGAGCCAGUGAAAUUGCAACCAAAACCAGAGCCAGUUGAACUGGAGCCAAAACCAGAACCAGUUAAACUGAAGCAAAAGACAAAACCAGCGAAACCUGAACCAAAGCCAGAACCAGUGAAAUUGGAAGCUGGCAAACUGGAACCAAAGCCCGAGCCAGUGAAAUUGCAACCAAAACCAGAGCCAGUUGAACUGGAGCCAAAACCAGAACCAGUAAAACUGCAACCAAAACCAGAACAAGUGAAAUUGGAGCCUGUAAAACUGGAACCAAAGCCAGAGCCAGUGAAAUUGCAACCAAAACCAGAGCCAGUUGAACUGGAGCAAAAACCAAAACCAGUGAAACUGGAACCAAAACCAGAACCAGAGAAACUAGAAGCAGAACCAGAGAAACUGGAAUUAAAACCAGAACCAGUGAAACUGGAACCAAAACUAGAACCAGUGAAAGUGGAAUCAAAACUAAAACCAGUGAAAGUGGAACCAAAACUAGAACCAGUGAAACUGGAACCAAAACCAGAACCAGUGAAACUGGAACCAAAACUAGAACCAGUGAAAGUGGAACCAAAACUAGAACCAGUGAAACUGGAACCAAAACCAGAACCAGUGAAACUGGAACCAGAACAAGUGAAAGUGGAACCAGAACCAGUGAAACUGGAACCAAAACUAGAACCAGUGAAACUGGAACCAAAACUAGAACCAGUGAAAGUGGAACCAAAACCAGAACCAGUGAAACUGGAACCAGAACCAGUGAAAUUGGAACCAAAACCAGUGAAACUGGAACAAAAACCGGAACCAAUUAAACUAGAACCAAAACCGGAUCUAGUGAAACUGGAACCAAAACCAGUGAAACUGGAACAAAAACCGGAACCAAUGAAACUAGAACCAAAACCAGAUCUAAUGAAACUAGAACAAAAACCAGUUAAACUGGAGACAAAACCAGCGAAACUGGAACCAAAACCACAGCCAAUAAAAUUGGAACUAAAAGCAGAGCCAGUUGAACUAGAGUCAAAACCAGUAAAACUAAAACCAGAACCAGUUAAACUGAAGCAAAAGACAGAACCAGCGAAACUUAAACCAAAACCAGCGAAACCUGAACCAAAACCAGAACCAGUGAAAUUGGAAGCUGGCAAACUGGAACCAAAGCCAGAGUCGGUGAAAUUUCAACCAAAACCAGAGCCAGUUGAACUGGAGCCAAAACCAGAACCAGUAAAACUGCAACCAAAACCAGAACCAGUGAAAUUGGAGCCUGUAAAACUGGAACCAAAGCCAGAGAUGGUGAAACUGAAACUAAAACCAGAACCUGUUAAACUGGAGCAAAAACCAGGAAAACUUGAGCCAAAACCAGAACCAGUGAAAUUGGAAGCUGUCAAACUGGAACCAAAGCCAGUGAAAGUGGAACAAAAACUAGGACCAGUGAAAGUGGAACCAAAACCAGGACCAGUAAAACUUGAAUCAAAACAGGAACCAGUGAAACCAGAGGCAAUAACAUCAGAAGUUAAACCAAUUAAACCAAAACCAACAGCACAACCAGAACUGAGAGCAGAGUCAGUUGAGAGAGAACCGCUCCCCGUGCGGUCGGCACCCGGAGCAGCGGUCGCCGAUCACAGCGAUGAGAUCCCUGCCAUGGGCCCAAGCCCGAUAGUGAGCUCGGCCCGCAGAGUGACUCGCAGUGGGGCCGGCAGGGCCAGCAGGGCCGGCAUGCCGUUGCUGGAGCUGCGUGGCCUCGCGUCUCCCCGCGACCCGGCGGCCGAGCGUCUGAUUCGCUCUCCGCCGGCCGGGAUGUUGGCGGAGCCGCUCAUCCUGGUGGAGCCGCCCUCCCCGCUCCCGCCGGCCGCCGCCGAAGACGACUUCCUCUUCUACCUAAGUCCUGAAGGGUCGGCGGCGGCGGAGGCAGCGGAGGAGGAGGAGUCGGAGGAGGAGGAGAAGGGAGGGCAAGGGAGCACCCUGGACAACCGUCAGGGAGACGGCAUAGAUAAGGGGGGGACGGACGCGGCGUUGACGCCGGCGAAGGAGAUGCACGCAACAGGAAUAUCGCUGCGGUUCGACAAGCGCAUCUAUGUCUUCAAGAUGGCGGGGACGGGAGCAGGAGACAUUGCUGAAUCGAUGGAGGUGGAGGAGAAGGAGGCUGAGUCGCAAAGUGGCGACACUCAGGAUGAGCGGGAGACAUGGACGGAGACACCAGAAAUUGUUGAGGAAUCCACUCGAGAAUUGACGCCACUCGAGGAAAAAUCUGAGACUGCGCAGGGAGUGUCCACGGAUGAGUUAACAUCGCAGGACACCACGUUCCAUGAUGCGACAUCUCGCGACACAAGCUCACAGUACGUGACCUCUCUCGACGUGACCCCUCUCGACGUGACCCCUCUCGACGUGACCCCUCUCAAUGUGACCUCUCUUGACGUGACCUCUCUCGACGUGACCUCUCUCGACGUGACCUCUCUCGACGUGACCCCUUUCAAUGUGACCUCCCUCGAUGUGACCUCUCUCGACGUGACCCCUCUCAAUGUGACCUCUCUUGACGUGACCUCUCUCGAUGUGACCUCUCUCGAUUUGACCUGCCACGAAGUGACCUCCAGGGAAAGCGAGAGCAGUGAUUACUAUGAUGUUGCCGAGGAGAUGGAGUCGACAGAUGGAUCUGUCUCAGACAGCAGCUGGGGAAGAGGCACGGGGACUGCCGCUACGACGACGGCAACGACGACUGAAGAGAAGGAGAAGAAGAAGAAGAAAAAAAGGACGAAGGUUUUGGUGCGGAAGACCACGAGCACCACCAGCACGAGCACCACGAUGAUGAGAUUGGACGUGCGCAGGGAGACGACGCAAACGCAGACCGAGUGGGAGGACGUCCGGCGCGGUGCAGCAGCGUGGAGCAGGGGAGCCGAGUGCCACAGCAACGGCACCACGGCUGGUAGCGGGCCGCAACCCGAGGAACCAGCGUGGAGACGGGGCCACGAGGAGAUGCCGGAGGGCGCAGCGAGCGAAGACACCGCAGAGGUCGAGGAGUCUGGGACAGUGGCGGGCUUUGAGACAAUGGUCCCAGAGGAGGCAGAUGAUGCGACAGCGCGCGGCAAGGAGAUGAAGAUUCGGAAGCCCACAGAGGCAGUGGAGGUUGUGACGAUAGUGCCAGGGGAGGUACGGGAGACACAGAAGGUGAGUACGGCUGGGCCAGACGACGAGGAGGUGGAUGAGGAGGAAGCCAUUGCGCUGCCGAGCGAGGUGGUGUUUGUCCUGCGGAGGCGAUACACGCGACUCAUCCGACUGUUGCGCCGAACGGUCACACGGACAAAAACCACGACCAUCACCAUGGUGACACUGCUGUACCUCAUGGAAACAGACUCGGACAUUGACGAGAUGCUCCGAGGAGACCUGCACCUCGCCCUCGUCGCAGAGAAGCUCGACUCAGACUGGCCUGCUUUGGCAGAGAAGAUGGGGAUUUCUCCAGAUAAGCUGAAGGAGGCCGUGCAGAGAGCGGAGGAGGGGGAGGGCGAGGAAGUGGCUGACGAGGUGGAGGAGCUGGGUCUGUCUAAGGAGGCGCAGAAGGCGUUCUGCCUCCUCAAGUUGUGGGCUCACCGCGAGGGCAGCCGGGCCACCGGCACCCAGCUAGAGCGGUACCUGGUUGCCAUGAAGAGGCCGGACGUGGCUCAGGUGGCGGCGGUAGGAGGCUCGGCGCCGCCCCCCCCUCACUUCCCGGGGAUCCCCCGCAGCACCACGGGCCCCGAGCACCCCACUCUGGAGCAAACAGCGCACGGCGCGGCCGUCCCUGCCGCCACCGCCGCCCCCGUGCCGAAGAUCCACCUCCACGCCCUCUCCGAGCGAUUUGAUUUUGGUUGCCAUGACGACGACGCGGACGACGAGGGUGACGAUGCGGGCGACGCGCCCGUCCCGGCCCACGAUGACGGCGACCGUGACGAUGACUUUACCGCAAAUUUCUCCGAUAUAUUUGCCGGCGCAAUUCCACUGUGCGCCACGUCCUUCUCAAGCGCCGCGGAGAGCGUCGGGUUCCGCAACGUUCGAGCCGCACGGCGAGGCCACGCAGAGACCCAGCCGGCGCCAUUGUCAUCAUCGCUAGCAUCCACACCACCGCCGCCGCCCCCACCACGAUCGUCAACGCUGCCAUCGCGAAUGUCAACGCUACCAUCACGACCAUCACGACCAUCACAAUCAUCAGCACUACCUCCACUACCACCAUCACGAUCGUCGACGCUACCACCACGAUCGUCAGCGCCGCCAUCGACGGGAUUUUCGUUCACCCCACAGCGUUCGUCACUUCCCUCCGCCUCUCUGCCGCCUCGAAUGCCACCUGCUGGUCCGUCACCGCCAUCGCCACCCGCCCCUACCGCCACUCCCACCACACCGCCUCCUGCAGCAAUGCCAGAUUUCCCGGCAUCGUUCGUGUUCACCAGAACAACGCUCAUAACGAACAGGACGCUGACAUCGCCGCCAGCACCCGCAUCCCCCGUGUCCACGCCGCUCACCGCAACGGCCACGCCGCUCACCACCACGGCCACAUCUCUCAGCGCCUCGGCCGCACCACUCCCGUUCUCUGCCGCGCCAUCACGGUCUCCUCGCGCUGACGACUUGUUUCCUGGGCUGCCGCCGGGGGUGUCCCUGGGAGCGAGGGGGUUUCCCUGCGAAGAGGGAUUUUCCCCGGACUCGUUCCCAAACUUCCGCGUCACCACCGUGAAGAGAACCCGGCUCGCCGAGUUUAAGACAGACCCCGAGUGGUCGGAGGAGCGAGUGCGCGCACUCAUGGAGCGUCUGGAGCGGGAGACGGACGGCGCUCACGUGAACCUCUCGGCCGAGCAGAUACGGGCGGCUCGCCGACGAGGUCAUGCCGAGUCGCCCCCCUCUUUUGGCGAAACAGCUCAGCGGGGGUUACCCACCCCGGGAACUCUGGUCGGCUAUCUGAAGGAGAGAGCCACGCAGCAGCCCCCCAAUGCCAAAGAACCCUCGAGCGGGGGUCAUGGGGAGAAGGGGGGCCCGGGGGGAGAGGAGGUGGAGAGGGAGGAGAUGAAGAAGAGAGAGGAGGAGAUGAAGAGAGAGGAAGAGGGAUGA